UUCUCUCUGAGAUUCCGGUCAUCUUCUAAUCCAUGGCGGUGGAUCUGGCAGUGUUUCCGGCGAAGAUGGAGGAUCAUACGGCGAUUCUAGAAGCCUCCUCCGCCGGUUUACAGAGCAUGGAGCAUCUAAUCCGCCUCUUAUCCAAACAGCCCUCUCAAACCCCUAAUUGCUCUGAAAUCGCCGAUUUCACCGUCUCCAAAUUCAAGCGCCUAAUUUCCCUCUUGAACAGAACCGGCCACGCUAGAUUCCGUCGCGGACCCUCCGAUUCCCCAAAUCCCCUCCCUAAUUCCCCCAAUCCAACCUCCAAAAUCGAUUGCCCUAACCCUAAUUUCACCCCUGUCGCCAAAUCCCCUGAUUCUAGGGCUCCGACUGACUCCACCACGACCUCGUCUUUUGUCUCCACUAUCACCGGCGACGGCAGCGUUUCACUCUUUGCGACUCCGGCAAUCUCCUCCGGUAAGCCGCCGCUGUCGGUGAAGAGGAAGUCCGAUGACAUAUCUCGAUUUGGCUGCAAGACUCCUUCUAAGCCCUGUCACUGUGCGAAGCGAAGGAAAUCUGGAGGGAAAAAAACGGUACGAGUCCCGGCGAUCAGUUCUAAAAUCGCCGACAUACCUCCCGAUGAAUACUCUUGGAGAAAGUACGGCCAAAAGCCCAUUAAAGGCUCCCCCUAUCCUAGAGGGUAUUAUAGAUGCAGCACCGUCAAAGGUUGUCCGGCGAGGAAAAAGGUGGAAAGAGUUCGUGACGAACCGACCAUGCUCCUCGUAACAUACGACGGGGAUCACCGUCACCCGCAGCCUCCGGUGACCCAUCUUAACGUGGGUGUCGUUUCCCAGAAAUCUUGAAAAGAGAAACGUGGCGGGGAAUCAACGCUACCUAUUCGGCUGUGACGGUGUUUCUUAAAGAUACCUGUGACUCUAGUGUUGUCUCCGAGUAUUAUUAAAAAGUCAAAUACUUUUGUAAAGUCAAAACUAGCCUCGGAGUACACGAAGCGAUCGGGUUUGUUGAAGUCAAACCAAAAUACAAUCACGUUCGAAUCUCUCGAGAUGGAACCCGGAAAGAAACAACGUGGUGGUGGAAGGGUAUUGAUGUAAUUUUGAUAUCAUUUUUUUUUAUUUGAAAGUAGUUUGACCAUAAAUAUGGGUCCCACAAGAUUGGACUUUUACUUUA